CGGGACGAGGCGGAGGUGGUGGCGGUGGCCGCUGCAGUCUUCCCUGGCAGGACUCAGGACUCCUUCCCUCUGUCCGGUCGGCGAGUCCCCGCUGGUGGCAGGCCCCAGCCCCAGCAAACUAUUCACAAUUUUGGAAUUUAAAGAAUGUCAUCAUGGCAAAAUUUCGAAGAAAGACUUGCAUCAUUUUGUCACUUUUUAUUCUAUUUAUUUUCUCUCUGAUGAUGGGCUUAAAGAUGCUGAGGCCAAAUACAGCAUCCUUUGGAACUCCUUUUGGGCUUGACCUCCUUCCAGAACUUCAUCUACGAAACGCCCCCUUGGGAAACAAAGCUGACUUCCAAAAGAGUGAUAGAAUCAACAUGGAAAGAAAUACGAAGAACCCAAAAGCUGCUGACAUGUCUGUGAGGCCAUCCAAAGCCUCUGAGGCGACCCUGGAAGAAUUGCCUCCUCUGAAUUAUUUUUUACACGUAUUUUAUUACAGUUGGUAUGGAAAUCCACAAUUUGAUGGCAAAUACAUACACUGGAAUCAUCCCGUCCUGGAGCACUGGGACCCUAGAAUAGCUAAGAACUAUCCACAAGGGAGACAUACUCCACCAGAUGACAUUGGCUCCAACUUUUAUCCUGAGUUAGGAAGUUACAGCUCUCGGGACCCUUCUGUCAUAGAAACUCACAUGAGACAAAUGAGCUCAGCCUCAAUUGGAGUCCUGGCCCUUUCUUGGUACCCACCUGAUUUGAGUGAUGAGAAUGGAGAAGCUACUGAUCACUUGGUACCAACGAUUAUGGAUAAAGCUCAUAAAUAUAAUCUGAAGGUCACCUUUCAUAUAGAGCCGUAUAGCAAUCGAGAUGAUCAAAACAUGAAUAAAAAUGUCAAGUAUAUUAUAGACAAAUACGGAAACCAUCCAGCCUUUUAUAGGUACAAGACAAGUACGGGGCAGUCCCUGCCUAUGUUUUAUGUCUAUGAUUCCUAUAUAACAAAGCCUAAAAUGUGGGCCAAUCUGUUAACACCUUCAGGAUCUCAGAGUGUCCGCGGUACUCCUUAUGAUGGAUUGUUUAUUGCACUUCUCGUAGAAGAAAAGCAUAAAUAUGAUAUUCUUCAAAGUGGUUUUGAUGGAAUUUACACAUAUUUUGCCACCAAUGGCUUCACGUAUGGCUCAUCACAUCAGAACUGGGCUAAACUGAAGUCAUUUUGUGAUGAGAACAACUUGAUGUUUAUCCCAAGUGUAGGCCCAGGAUACAUCGAUACAAACAUUCGUCCAUGGAACUCUCAGAACACUAGGAACCGCAUCAAUGGGAAGUAUUAUGAAGUCGGUCUAAGCACUGCACUCCAGACCCACCCCAGUUUAAUCUCCAUCACCUCUUUCAAUGAGUGGCAUGAAGGAACUCAGAUUGAAAAUGCUGUCCCCAAGAGAACCACUAACACAGUAUACCUGGAUUACCGACCUCAUAAGCCAAGUUAUUAUCUAGAACUAACCCGAAAAUGGUCAGAAAAAUACAGUAAGGAAAGAAUAGCAUACACAUUAGAUCAACAGCUGCCUGCUUCGUAAUGUAUAUUAUAGUUUAUUUAUCAAAUUGCCUAACUUCAGUAAACAUCCUAUGUUUUGAUUAUGAAGAGAAAACUGUCAAACUCAAUGUGCAUUUGGCUACUGUUCCCUCUGCCAGUUAUUUCUUUUUUAUUUUUAAAAGAAGAUAUCACUUGUUCUACAGUGGACAGAACCAUACAAAGAAAACAUGAGAGAUGUCUUGCGGUAGCAUUCUUUUUGGUGUGUUUUUCUGAAGUUUGAAUGGGAUGGCCAUUUAGGUUUCUGUUUCACAGUAGAGAAAGUGCUUGCAUUUAUAAACUAGCUAACAUGCAGGUAAGCUGUACUUGUAUUCUGAGUCCAAAGACAGGAGCAUGUACAUGUUAGGUACAUCUGACCACAGAAAUACAGAACAAAAGGACAGUAGAUGGAUAUGCAUCAUUUCUGAACUCUUUGCUGGCUCUCAGUUUUGUUCGUAUUCAGUUUCUGGCUGGCUUCCCCUAGUGAUCAAAUGCACUUGUCAAGUUUCUUGUGAGCAAAAACUUGUUUAAAUUACAGGCUAUUUUAUUUUAUUAUAUUUUCUAAUCUGACUGUUAGCCAUGUGCUUUUUUAAAUUGUUUUUAUUGAGCUAUAUAUUUUUCUUCACUCCACUUUCUUCCUACCCUCUCUCAUGAUCACCAUGCUCCCAAUUGACUCAGGAGAUCUUUUCUUUUUCUACUUUCCAUGUAGAUUAGAUCCAUGUAUGUCUCUCUUAGGGUCCUCUUUGUUUAGGUUCUCUGGAGUUGUAAAUUGUAGGCUGGUUUUUCUUUGCUUUAUGUCUAAAGCCACUCAUGAGUUAUAUUUAUAUUUCUGGGUCUGGAUUACCUCACUCAAUGUUAUGAUUCUAGAUCCACCCAUUUGCCUGCAAAAUUCAAGAUGUCAUUAUUUUCUGCUGUGUAGUAUUCCAGUGUGUAAAUGCACACAUUUUCUUAUCCAUUCUUCAGUCGCGGGGCAAGACAGGCUUUGUGCAGAGCAUUCAUGGUGUCAUCACUUGAAGACUCGGGGCCUGCAGUGCCGAGUGCUUUUGCAUGUUUAAUGCCCCUGUUUGUUCUGCUGAAUAAAAGACUAGAAGCAUUAGGAUGUAGCUUAGGAAAUGGUAGCAACUGCUUCUAUGUUAUAAAAAAAAUUGUUUCUCAGUCAUCAUAAGGUUUCUGGAAUUCAGAUACUCUAUUUUUAGGGCAUCUUGUCAAUCUUUCUAGGUCUCAUUUUCUUAUUCAUAUGUUAAAAUUAAAUGUUCACCAGAGACUACUGAAUUGACUAUGAAAGUAUAAUGUUAAUGUUAGAAUUUUAUUCAUUUUACUAAAAAUAAUACAGAAAAUUUAUUUAUAACUGCAAAAUUAGAGAUAGAUAAAAAUGAUUUUUAAGGUAGCACCAUAGUUUUGAAGUAUAUGCUUAUAUGAAAAAGUCUUUUACAGUGUCUAUUAAGUUAAAAAGAAAAUAACAGUGAUCCAUAGCUGUCAUGUGGUUAAAAAUUGAUAACUUUUAUGCUAAAAAGAAAUUAUUGUAAAAAUGGAAAGGUUUUUAAAAAAAUCUACUGAAUUCAAUAUUUAUAAUUAUAAUAGAAAAAUCAGCUAGUCUAGCUAAUUUUACACAAAUGUUAUUUAUUAACUCUACUGAGAGAAUCAGUUGAGUCAUGUUAACAAAUAACACAUGCCAAUCUCCAAAGCAUAAAGACAUUCCGAAACAGACUAGUUCUGGAAUUGGCCAUAAAACACAGCAGAGAGGAAACAUCUUUUAGGGUAAGGGAGACUGAUGAGUGAGUGCAGGCAUGAGGGCCUAGAUGUGAACACCCAGAGCUCACAUAGAGAUGAGCUCACUGGCAUCCGUGUUCUUCUGCACCACUCCUGCAGAGCCGAGCAGUGUAGACAGGAAAGAGCCCGAGAGUGUGAGCCAGCUAGCCUGCCGUACACAGCAGCAAACAAGAUCCUGACUCAAAAACGGUGGAAGGCAAGGAUCAACAUACAGGGUGGUUCUCUGACAUGGACACCCACCCCAUGUCACAUUUACUCUCACAGUUACUUAUGAAUAUUUGCAGACACACAGAGAGAAGUUUAACUUAUUUUUCAAGCAGUGCUUUUGGAAUAAAAUCUUUUUGAAGAGAAAUACUAACCUUCUAAAAUUUAAAUUUUCCAAUGAUCAUAGAAUUAUUAGGCCACAGAAAGUUAUGAGGAUAAUAAUCUGAUAUUUUCCAGGAUAAAUUCUAAGAGUAAUAAUAUAAUAUUUAAUAUUACCAAGCAUCUUCAUUGGAAUAAGCAGAAAUAUAACCUGUAGAUUUUUAAUUGCUCCUAUGUUAAAAAUGAAUUAUCAAUGCAUAGUAUUUUAUAGUAUAUAUUGCUUUCUUCAUUCCUUAUGUUGCAUUUUAUAUUUGAGUCUCCCAUGACGAAAAAUGAAUUUUAUGAAACAGUUCUGUGAUUAAGGGAAAGUCUAUGAAAAUUAGGACACACAACUGUCAGUUCAACUGUAGCUUCUGGCAGCUCACUCUAACACCAGAGUUACCCCUUCUGGUUUCCACAACCAAAUAUUCGACCAACUCGGAGUAGAAAUACUCUGUGGGGUGGGGGAUCUAUUUGUACAUAAUGAGUAUGUUCAGGGUGCUGUUUUUAUCCUGGAAGCCGUACAGUAUAACCACAAUUUACAUUUUUCUAGCUGUUAUAAGUAAACUGAGAUGAUUUCAAGUGUACCUGAGGAUCAUUCUAGGCUAUGUUCAAAUAUACUGUUUGACUUUUUCAAAGGACCAGAGAAUUUUCAGCCAUUUUUAGCAAUGGAGCCAGUUCCACACUAGUACCAAGGGAUGGCUAUAUUAGCAAUUGUUGCUAAUGAUUGUUAGAGAAACACCUUCAGAGCACCCAACCCCCACCCCUUAGGUUCCUUAUGGCUACCUCUGCUGUCUGACUGGAAACACAGCUGGGAUUGCAAUGAUCACAAAUAAAUUUAAUCCAUUAAUCCAGUUUUUAUUUUUAAAAAUCUGAAUGUUUGUAUUCAGUAAACUUAAAAAAGGUAUAAUAUGUGCAAUGCUUGGAUUAUAAUCAAUUAUUUUGUAAGGUAUUUAUUUUGUGGAAUUAACCCAUCUAAUUGUUUAGAUUGUAGAGAAUAACCAGGUCUUUUUCUGCUUUUAAGAAAUAAUUAUAAAAGGCUCCCCAUAGUAAUGUUUAUCUGAAUUGUGUAUUAACUUGUUUAUUUUAUUUAUGUGUGUAAUUUGGAAAAUGAUUUAUUUUGUAAUAUGUUAAUUUUGUUUAAUAAAAACAUAAAAAUGAUGUUUUUAAUUGAAAAUCUGUUUAUUGUUAACUUGUGAUAACUUUUAAUUUCUUAUUAGUAUAGGAGUGGUAGUAUUUAGUCAAUAUGAAAUGGAGCACUUACAAGUUAAGUAUAUUUAACUUUUUGUAUUCAUAAAUGCCAAUUUUUGUUUAAUUCUGGAGAUGUGACUUUAAGUCU